AUGGCAAAUGAAGAAGAUUUCGUCGGGUUUGGGGACACCUUCAAGGACCCCGAAGGCUUCUACCCUCCUGAGAAAGAACCCACCUUCGCUGAGCACCAGAUGCUCACCGGCCAGACGGUGCGCGUGCGCCUUGUCGGCAGCCAUCCUCUCUACGGUAAUCUGUUGUGGAACGCCGGCCGGACGAGCGCCAAAUACAUAGAAGAGAAAGCUAGUGCCCUUGUCGAGGGGAAAGAUGUCUUAGAGAUUGGAGCUGCGGCAGGUGUCCCGAGCAUCGUCAGCGCAAUCAAAGGAGCUCGUACCGUCGUCAUGACCGAUUACCCUGAUCCGGACCUGGUCGAGAACAUGCGAUACAAUGCCUCGCUCUCGGCGCCUAUCAUUCCGAGCUCGUCGUCCCUUUACGUUGAUGGAUACAAAUGGGGUAAUCCGGUUGAACCGUUGACCGCGUAUCUUCCCGAGGGCUCGAAUAGUUUCGACCUUCUGAUCAUGGCCGACGUGGUGUACAGUUAUCGCGAACAUCCCAACCUGAUCAAGGUCAUGCAGCAAACCCUGAAGAAAUCCAGGGACUCCGUUGCGCUGGUGGUCUUCACACCUUACGAGCCCUGGCUGCUUCCCAGGACUGAGACUUUCUUUCCAUUAGCAGAGCAAAGCGGUUUUCAGGUCACCAAGAUUUUCGAAAAGGUCAUGGAUAAGGUCUUGUUUGAGAACGACCCUGGUGACGAAUUACUUCGAAGGACGGUAUUCGGAUAUGAGAUUCGAUGGGCUCCGGAUCGAUUGAAUUGA